ACAAAACAACUUCAUUAUGAAAACAACUUGAGUGCAGACCCAGAAGAGGAACCAAAUUACCUUUUUGUCAUCGUUUUAAAAAAUCUGUAACACAGAAACCUAAUAGAAAACAUUUUAAGCUCAAAUUCCAAAUGAAAAUGUUUGAGAGCAUUGACUCUACAGCCACAAAAUCGGGCCCGGAUCUUUGGGCUGAAAUCUGUUCCUGUCUGCCAAAUCCUGACCAAGAGGAUGGUGCCAAAAAUGCCUUCUCAGACUCCUUUAUGGAUUCUUACCCUGCCAGCACAGGCCAGAGGGAGGUCCCAGACUUUGCUACUCAGCCAGCUAUAAAGCCUUGGGCUCCCUUGCAGGACUCAGAAGUAUAUUUAGCAUCUCUAGAGAAUAAACUGAGAAGAAUCAAAGGUUUAAAUCAGGAAGUGACUUCUAAAGACAUGCUUCGAACCCUAGCCCAAGCCAAGAAGGAAUGCUGGGAUCGGUUCCUCCAGGAAAAGUUAGCCUCAGAGUUCUUUGUGGAUGGACUUGAUUCUGAUGAGAGCACCUUGGAACAUUUCAAGAGGUGGCUCCAGCCAGAUAAAGUAGCCGUCAGUACAGAGGAGGUCCAAUAUCUGAUUCCUCCAGAGUCACAGAUUGAGAAUCCAGUGGCUGGGGAUGAGCCAGCGGCAGCGAAACAAUAAAUUACACACACACACUUGCGUGGAGCAGCUGUCUUGAGUCCAGAGGGAACAGUGGAGAGCUCGGCAGCAGCAGCAAGGAAAAACUUGGGAGGGAAAAAGCCCAACCUUCCACUCCACAAAGCAAACAGCUGCGGGUCCCUGUGGACUUGCUUGGGGCUGGCACGUGUGACUGUCUUGGAUGAAGUGACUGACCCAGUGCAUGCUGGAUCAAAAUACCACUUUCCUGUAUGUCUCACAGCUUGCUUGAGCUCUGGUGCUGCAGGUGAGAAGUCUGCUGAGAAUCUAGUGAAGGACCCAGGUGUAAAUGUAUGUGCAGAAGCUGAUGCCCUUGUGUAUAAUGUAUAAGUGAAGUGAGCCGUGUUUUCCCUUGCUUCUGGAUUUUCCUGCCUGUAUCCCAGGCAUUCCCUUGGUAACUUGUCAGGGGUGAGCGGGGCCAAGGAAAGUAAAGUCUGCCUCCUUAAAUCCAAGCCCCAUUUGGGGCUUCUCUAACAAGUCCAA